AUGAUAAUUCCUAUUUUAUUAAUCGUAAAUUUGAUUACAUCAUCCACUGCUUAUACAUAUGUUGCAGAAACUCCUUGCACAGGAUUAUCAAGCACUGAUUGCACUUUAAGUGUAAUUUCUGGAAUUGGAUAUUGUUAUUGGGAAACGUAAUUUAUAAAAAUAAUUCUCAUUCUAGCACUUGUUAAACCCUUCCAUGUUAUAUGAUUGAUGAAGUUGCUGCCUGUAGAACAGGCUCAGGAUUGCCUACUGGAGGUGCAUCCACUCUAUGUGACUCUUUGGAAACAUUCAGUUUAUAAUAUGAUAAUGUUUGUUGUGACAAAUCUGAAGGCAAACUGAAUUAUGCUUUUGUAAGAUUUUCCAAAACCACCGAUGGCUAUUAUGAUAAAGCAAGUGAUGGUACAACAACAUUAACAUCUCUGACUACAUAAAAUUCAGCAACCAUUUUUUAAUUGUACACAGUAAACCCUUGGAAAAUCAUGCCAUCAUUUACUAGUUUGCCCACUGUUGCCAAUUUUGAAUCAUAUUUAGGAGCCAUCUUAACUUAGUAUAAAACUUUGGCAACUGCAUUACAAACUUAGCCAGAUUCUCAUCCUUUCUAUUUAGAACGAACUGUCUACUAAUCAUUGCAAAUGCUGAGAGUAUAUGAAUAAAUCAAUCUUAGGAUUUCAUUGUUUUACAAACCACUUCAUAAAAUACUAUGAGAGAUAACUUAAUCCAAAAAAUAUGGUCAGUUACCCUCAUUGCUUUAUUUAGAAUGGUCAACUUUCAACCCAAUUAUUAUCAAACAAAUUACUAUUUCAUCAACUUUGCCACCAUUCCUUAUUCAAGAAACUCAAUCACAAUCAAUGGACAACAACACACAACCAAAAUCGAUUGGUCAGGAUAUGCUUAUUCUCAAAAUGGAUAUGUAAUGGUGUAUUCAUUUCCUCCUGAAAUGUUUGGAAUUAGAAAUGCAUAUUCAGAUGUCAUCUGUUUAAGACCAAUGAUUGGAAAUCCCCCAGUUUAUAAUACCGGUGAAAAUACUUUUGAUACUGGUUUCAAACCAUUAAUAAUCACAUGGACUUGGACAGACCCAUUAUUAACUGUUGUUGCUGCCAAUCUUAAAUUAUUUAAAUUUCCUUUUAAUAAUGCCCUUGAAUCAGGAAUCGCUUAAGAAACUGGAGUCACCUUUACUUGCAAUAUGGCUGCUAAAUACUGUACCUCAAGUACUAUCACUGUAACACCUGCUAACACAGGAAUUAAUUAUUAUAUCACUACAGGAUUAGGAGCUACUGCAGACAAAAAUAAAAUCUAAUGUAGACUGUAAGGAAAAACAUGGUCAGGUACACUUUGUUCUUGAAUAUCAUAUUAUUAAUCAAAUUAAAAUUAAU